CUGAUGAAUGGCUCGGCGGUCUCACAGUUCACCCUCCUAGGCCUGUCCCACUCCCGCCCUCUCCAGCUUCUCCUCUUCGGCCUGGUCUUGGCCUGCUAUGCCGCCAGCCUGCUGGGCAACCUCCUCAUUGUGGUGACCGUGUGGGUGGACCCCCGCCUCCUCCAGUCCCCCAUGUACUUCUUCCUGGCCAACCUCUCGCUCAUCGACAUGGCCCUCGGCUCAGUGGCUGCUCCCAAGAUGCUUGGCGACUUGCUGAGCGAGGGCAGCACCAUCUCCUAUGGGGGCUGCAUGGCCCAGCUCUUCUUCCUUCACUUCCUGGGUGGCUCCGAGAUGUUCCUCCUCACACUCAUGGCCUACGACCGCUACGUGGCCAUCUGCCACCCACUGAGCUAUGCCGAGACCAUGCGCCGCCACCGCUGCCUGGGCCUCCUAGCAAUCUGCUGGGCUGGAGGCUUGCUCCACUCUGCCACUCAGCUGGUGUUGGUGGUCCGGCUGCCAUUUUGUGGGCCCAGCAAGCUGGAUAAUUUCUAUUGCGAUGUACCCCAGGUGGUCAUGCUAGCUUGCACCGACGCCUAUGUGGUAGAGAUACUCAUGGUGUCCAACAGUGGCCUGAUCUCUCUGGUCUGCUUCCUGGUCUUGCUGGGGUCAUAUGGUGUCAUCUUGGUGACCCUCAGGGGACGCUUUGGUGAUGGGGGUGGUGGGAAGGCUUUGUCCACCUGUAGCGCCCACCUGAUGGUGGUGAGCCUCAUCUUUGUACCCUGCGUUUUCGUCUACCUCCGGCCUUUCUCCAGCUCACGGAUGGACAAGAUGGCCUCCAUCUUCUACACCAUCAUCACGCCAGUGCUGAACCCCAUAAUCUACACCCUGAGGAAUCGGGAGGUCAAGGAAGCCAUGAAGCGACUGAGGCAUAGGCUUUGGUUCCCUUGUUGGACAUAG